CAACACCUGCUAGUUGGUUAAAUCAGCACGCGCGCAGGUGCACAGGCAAUUACCAUUCAAAGUGCGAUAGAGGACUGUACGCAGAAAAGAUAGAGGCCUUGAGGUGAUGUCGCGGAAGAAGCUGUGUGAAUAUUACUGGGCUCCGUUGAAAAGCGACUGUGAGGAGCUUCUGGGCCGCUUCCAGCAAACCGAGUCGGUUCGGUAUGAGGAGUUUUCUGCUAUCUGGAGGGAGAUGGACUUCUCUGGUGUGUUUUUUGGCACUCAGUCUGACCAUGAGAAGAGAUACUUCACGCGGCUUAUAUUCACCAUAGCCUACAGAUACAUUCUGCCCCCAUACAGUUUUCAGAUUCGGGUGGGAGGCCUGUAUAUGAUCUACGGCAUUUACAAUACACAACUUAUUUGGCCUAAGGAAAAGAUCAGGAUUGCUCUGAAGGACUGGUACGAUGUGCAGAAGCUUAUCGCGGAUGCAAAAAGUUGCCAGCAUUUGGAUGUUGUUUACGUCUUUAAAAGGCUUUUGUCAUCUAAGGCCUUUUGUUUCACUGCCAUGCCCCAAAAGCUGACAUUUGAAGCGAGAGAACGCGUUCAGCAUAAUGUGAAUGAAGAGUUUCGGGACCACAAGAACAGAGUGACCGAACUCGCUUCCAUUGAAAUGCUAGAAGAGAUUGCAAAUAUGCAUGGUCAUUAUGAGAGGCUAAAGAAAUCGUCAGUGCCACCAUCAUCUGGAGUGACGCUGCUUAACCUGACAUGUUUAGUUCAGAAAUGUGCUUUUGAGUACCAACAGUGGCAGGACAAAAUUGCAGCUGAAAAGGAGAAAAACUCAAAGAAGGAAACCACUCAGAAAUCUGAGUCCUCCAGUAGAGCUGUCAUGCUUGCUACCAUCAAGUCCAAAUCAUAUGGUCAUGUGUCAAAGGGAACGAAAUCUAGGCACCACAGACAGGUUGAGAUGGUCACAUCAGGCUCUGGGACCGAUCAAGCCCUGUUUAGUCAGAAAAAGAGACAUCCAUCCCUCAGGACCAGAACCUGGCAAAACUUCGGCAAACCAAGUGAGCCAGAACAAACACAGGAAUGGCUUCUGAGUGUGAUGGAGGAAGACAAGAAUGCCUUGAAACGUAAAGACAUUAGAAGAUUCAAGUGGAGAAAUAAUUGGCUCUGAACAGAGUCGUUAAUUUAUGUAUCGGUUGACCUUGCGUUAUGUAUUCCACAGUGCUUUAUUUCAUAAUAUGAACACUUGAAUGUGAAAGCAUUGGUUAUGUUUUGGUUUGGACACAAAUAAAUAAUAAAAGGAGAUCCUACCGUCC